CGCAGGGAAGAGGCGCGAUUGGCUGAGAACAGCAACGCUCAGACACAAAACCGAGGAUCAAGCCUGACCAUCAGGACUACAGCAGAUCAAACUCACACGGACAUCCUCGCACAUUUUGCACAGGGACUGUGAUAUCUGCUGCAGGAACGUCGAUCUUUGGAAACUUGCAUUUGGACUAUUUUGAGUACAACAAAGUGACAUCUUGUUUAAAUUUCCCCCUUCUUUUUCUCGCUGUCUUUGCCUUAUUUUGGGGGUCCAUGUGAUGCUCUCCCUCUCAAGAGACAAGAGUUUGGAAACGCAUUCAGCACUGAUAUAUUACACCUAGAUCAGCUUCAACAGUCCCGUACCUCCAGCAUGGAUCGCUGUCAACGACUGUUUAUCCUCCUGUUGGGAUGGGGUUAUCUGUGCUGUGGAUACUGUGCUGUGCUUAAAGCACCCUUCAUGGGUUUCUCAAAAGACGUGCAAUUUGGACAAAAAGUGGAGGCGCAAGAUAAGCAACAUGCAAAGAAAAGCGAGCAGGACACGCUGUCAGAACACAUGCAGAUGCUCUACGCCAAAUACACCAGUGCGGGAUUCCCUCUCAAAGAUGGGAACACUGUCCGCAGCUUCAAAGGGCAUUUGGGGACCAUCAAUAAUAAGCAGUUACAGAUCUUCAACCUCACUUCCCUCUCUAAGUCUGAGGACGUUCUCUCAGCAACGCUGCACUACUACAUUGGCGACCUGCAGAACAGCAGCCACAGAUGCACAAGGCACAAAAGUUGCGCUCACCAUAACCUCAGAAGACAAGGUCAUAUUCACCUUGAUGUCUGGAGCUUCAGCUUUGUGGAUAACACCACCAGAACAAUCGGCCAUUUCUCCAUUAACAUCUCCACAAUGUACCGGGACUUCAUAUCAUGGCAGUGGAAAGACAUUACUCGUGUAGUCAACCAAGCCAAGCGACACGACCAGCUUCUCAUAGGCAUUGACAUUGACUCAAAAGGACAUCAUCCUUGGAAGAAACUCUUGUCAGAUAGGUCUCCUUACAUUCUGGUCUACGCAAAUGACUCGGCUAUCUCAGAGCCUGAGAGUGUCGUGUCCACCCUGCAGAGACACAAAAGCAGACUGGUGCCUAAUCUUCAUAUGCUCGAAAUACAUAAUCGCAGUGCCUCCUCACAACAUCGGACCAAGCGGUCCGCCAACAUCUUGCUGCCGCUACAGAACAAUGAGCUUCCAGGCCCAGAGUACCCUUAUGAGAUACCUACAUGGGAUGAGACCAGCCCUUAUGAUCCAGUGGAGAGUAAACCAGUCAAGAGCCCUCGCAAGAAGCCUCGCAAGAAUCCACGGCUCAAGAACCCUCUCCUGCAGUUCGAUGAGCAGACCAUUAAGAAAGCACGUAAGAAGCAGUGGAACGAGCCGAAGAACUGUGCUCGCAGAUAUUUAAAGGUUGACUUUGCAGAUAUCGGCUGGAGCGAGUGGAUUAUCUCCCCCAAGUCUUUUGAUGCAUACUACUGCUCGGGGUCAUGUCAGUUCCCCAUGCCAAAGUCUUUGAAACCUUCAAACCACGCCACCAUUCAGAGCAUCGUGCGGGCGGUGGGGGUGGUCCCGGGCAUCCCAGAGCCCUGCUGUGUACCGGAGAAGAUGUCUUCCCUCAGCAUCCUCUUCUUUGAUGAAGACAAGAACGUGGUCCUCAAGGUCUACCCCAAUAUGACAGUGGACUCCUGUGCCUGUCGGUAAACGCUUCGGUCUCUUUCACAGCCUCCCUCCCUUAAACCGAUUCCCAAUUUUUGCACUGGAAGAAAGACUGAAGAUGUUCGUUUCAUAACCCUUGAAGAACUAUCUCCAGCUUUAAGGAUUGUGAAGAGCAAAGUGCUUUUCCAUUAGGAAUUCAUUACUGUUAUCAGGAGGCUUCAUGCAUCACUAGAGAUUUAAGCAUAUGAAGAGACUGUCUGUCUGCGUUUGAGCAGGAAGUUCUCAUGUUUCUAUAACCUCAGCAGUUAAGCAUACAGGGGACAAACAUUUGCUGUCAUCCAUCAUGUUUCUGUACAGUUUGUACGAUCUGUCAUUAUUAUAGCUAUAUUUUUGCUACAGAGGCAUUGAUUGACUCUCAUUGUUCAUAUUCUAUGGCUGCUAUACCAAGGUAGACUUUACUCCAGAGCCCAAAUGUGCUGAAAAGAGGACUUUUGGGGAAAAAAAAGAGAAAGAAAAAAAAGAUUUCUAUUAAAAUGAUUACCUAUAUAAGUUACAUAUUCAGUUUUCCACAUUAAGCUUAAAACAGUGUUUAAUUUC